GCGCCAAAUUUGGCGCAGAGACCAUGGACACCGUCCCAAGAUACCGUAAGCGGAACCAACCUUCUGGAACACUCACCCGCACCAGAUCACAGCUCUAUCAUCACCGGAACCGCUCCGGUCAACUCCGCUUCGAUCCCGUUCCCGUACAGGACGAACCCUACGUCGAACUCCUUGGCUUUCGCCGAAUCAAUUGCAAGAAACCGAAGCGCCACGACGACGAGCUUCCUCGCCCUCCGACCAAGGACCUUCGCGCUAGGCGAGUUUAUUCCCCGCCGCAAUCUACAAACCCCGGUUUGAUCGAAAGCACGUUUCCCAAGGGAAGCGCCGAAGCAACCGAGAGUCCCGAUUUGGGGCUUUUUUGUGAGGCUCGGGGCUUCGGUGGAGAUUGUUCGGAGAAAAUUGAUGGUUUGGAUGGAGCAACGACUCUACUCGACGUUGAGAUUUGCGGUGGUUCAAAUUCCAAGGUCAACGAAGAUGUAGGGAAACUGGAGGCAGAGGUUCCUGCCAAAGAUACCCCUUGUACUGGGAAUGUUUCUUCUCUCAAGAGCAAAUUUGUUCUCAGACCACGUUUCCAGGGGAAGUUGUUCAAAGCCCCGGGUUCAGUCAAUUACAGAAGGUUGUUUCCGUUUCUAAAGGAUACCGUGAGAGAUGAUUCUGGUACACCAAAAUUGGGUUUUUGUCAGAAAGAUGAGGAGGGUAGACAGGGAUUCCAACUUCCUUUGUCAUCUCAAAGUCAAGAAGAGUCUAAACAAGAACUUAAGACGGAUGCCACCGCAUAUUAUGGUGUUAAAGAUGUUGCAAGUGAUUUGCAUAAUGAUGACUUGAAGCAAUUGUCUAGCCACGGGAAUAAUCUUGAUCGUGCUGAGGCUAGUACGGCACAGGAGUUUGGUAUUUUGAAUGAAGAAUGUAUACAGACAACUCCUCCUGAUGCUGAUAUAUGUGUUAAUUCAGAGGUCAAUGUCAAACCGAUGGAUUUUACCAGAAGCACUCCGGAAAAUGCUGGUGAAGGGUCUUGUCUGAAAGCUGACAAGGGGAAAUAUUCUCUCAAGAGUAAAUCCGUGCCUAGACAACAUUUGCACCGGAAACUUUUUAAAACCCCAGGUUCUAUCAGCUAUAAAAGGUUGCUUCCAUUUCUAAUGGAUCUUACCAAAGAUGACUCUGAUGCAUCCAAAUCUGAUCAUCAAGAUGAGGCAAAUAUGCAUGCGAAGAGCUCCCAACUUCCUUUGUCAUCUCAAAGUGAAGAAGCUUCCAUAGACGAACAUAAGACAAACAGCAGUCCCAUGCAUGGCACAGUUGAGUCUAAUGGUUUGGAAACCUAUGUAUUAGUUAAUCCUUCUAAUGAGCUAUCUCAUGGCAACCAGCCAAAAUUGGCACCUUCCCAAGACUUGCCUGAAUUGUCAACGCAAUUGGACGCAAAAGAAGUGGUUUGUGGGGAUUUGUCUGCACCCUCUGUCAAUGAACAUACACAGAACUUUGCGGUUGCUUCUAAAGAUGAAUGCUUGAGUGCAUCAGAGCUUAAUCCAUGUUCAGUAAUGGUGGAUGAUUUUCACUCUGCUAAGAAUGUUGCACAUAAUGAUGGCAUCAAGGAAGUACAGAAUAAGAUAUCCAGACAACACAAUAAUGAGUCACCACCCAAAGAUCAAAAUAUGCUCUAUAUCAACGGUGAUGUCUCUGAGCUUACAUAUGUGCAUCAUUCAAGUAAAGAAAAAGGAUUCACUAUUGCUUAUGAUGAAAGCAAGCAGUCUGUGAAUCUGGAGGAGCAUGAAUCUGUUAGCAGAUUUCCCCCUGAAUGUCAGACUCUAAGUCAAUUGGAUCCCAAUGUGCUAGAUGCUGAGGAGAAUGUAACAAGUUUAAAUCAUGUCCGGGUUUCAAAUGAUAUAUUUAGAGCUCCACCUGAGAAUAUUACCUCAGAAAAAUCUGACAUGGCAGGGGAUAGUGGUGACAAAGCAGGAAGUGUGCAGAAUGGCAUAGUUUUAUGUUCAAGCAGGCCUUCAAAAGGUAGUGAUAACCAAAAUGCCAGUGAAAUUGAAAAUGGCUCUGAAUCCAAGAUCACGUCGGUUCUCAAACGCUGUCCGCAGCUUAAAUUGUUGAAACAGGCUGGAUCUUUAAACUACAAGAGAUUGCUUCCAUUUCUAUUGAAUACCAUGAACGAUGAUUCUUGUGCUUCAGUAAAUGAUCAUUACCCAAAACUUGCGAAAUCCAUGGAUCAAACACCUCUUCUGCCAAUUUCAACUUCAAACUUACAACUAACUCCUGUAAAUGGUUCAAAUGGCUGUGUUCCUAUGGAACAUUGUGCUGGCAAUUCUGGUCCUCAGCAACAAACAGGGUUGCAGGCUUGUGAUUUAAACAAUGAUAGUUCUCAAAUUCCUGAAUACCAGUCAUCUCAUGAUUCAUGCAAUGUGAUUCAACUGCAAGAUGAACAGGUUAUAUUAAAUGGACUCUGCAAGCCAGAGAGCUCCACUGAUACAUCAAUUUCUGUUCACGGAAUAGACUUACCAAUCACAACAUUGGCGCCUAUGAUUAACAAAGUUACCAACAGAGAAGAAAAGGCUCCACCUAUCUCGUCCAUGUCAUUAUCAGUUUUCUCUGAAGUAAAAGGAAAUAAUUCUUUCCUGAUGCCUUCUAAUGAGAAGCUACCAGAAACACACGAAUGUUGUCAGAGCUUGUCUCAACUGCAAGUUGUAGAGCAACUUAGAGUCCCUGCCAUUGGUUUGAAAAAAGGAAUUUUAAAAAGAAAUCCAAGAGGAUGCAGAGGGGUUUGCACAUGUUUGAACUGUGUUUCUUUUCGCCUUCAUGCAGAAAGAGCAUUUGAAUUUUCUAAAAAUCAACUGUUAGAUGCCGAAGAGGUUGCCCAUGAUCUUAUGAAGGAACUAUUUCAUCUAAGAAAUAUGUUAGAAAGUUCUGCUGAUAGUGCCAACAACAAUCCUGUUUUUGAUGGAAGCCAGGUGAAAGAAGCUUGCAGGAAAGCAUGUGCAGCAGAAGAAGUUGCAAAGGACCGUCUUAGUCAGAUGCACGAUGAUCUUAAUACUCAUUGCAGAAUAACGAGCUUGCAGCCACCAACGGUUACGUUUGCGGUUCCUGUUGAAGAAAAAGUCAUUCAACCAGGCGGAUAAUUCUGUAAUUGCGGUCUUAAAGCACUUAUCCUCUCAUCUUGGAAUUUUCUUGGGAGUGAUCAAAUAUAAAUGAUAAAUCAGUUUAGUCUUGGAAAACUAAAUAUCAGAGAAAUAUGUUGGUCUUUUGAAACAGGAAGAAAGUUUGAGUUGGACGGACAAGAAGAACCUUAGAGAUUUUUUUUUAAUUUAUGUUAUUGUAAAUACUUUUUGCUCGCAGUUAUGAUUAAUUCUAAUUUGCUCUAUUUUUUUUAA